AUGCUCUCUACCAUGAAUCCUCUUGUUAUUUUUGCUCUCACAUCUCUUGCAGCGGCCUUUCUGGUUUGGCCCAACUCGUCUUUUACAGAAAUCCUGUGCCUGGCACCUUUGGAUCCCAUUCUCUUGCAAAGCCCAGACCUGCUCUUUUGGUGCAGAGAAAACAAUAACACAAUUUUCCACGAGUCCAGACUCAACACCUCCAAUGCCUUGCGGCCGUAUGUGAUUGGUGAUCUGAGGGUGUUUCCUGGAAAUGUGCCUGUGGAAACUUUCAACCGGAAAAUCUCCAACCGUAACCGCGUAUCCAAAGUUUGGAUUGAGCUUGAACCCAACGACUACACCCAAGAAACAGAGAAUUUUCCCAUCACACAGUGUCUUUCUCUUCAAGACACAGAAGGGUCUCUUUUGGGCACUGUUCUCAAGCAACUCAGUCUUUCGGCCGAUGGAGGCCAAAGUUAUGGCGUCGAGGACUGGUUCACCUUGGACUGGCUGCUAGUAUUUACGUCUAUGCUAUCUCUCGGCGCCGACUAUCUCUGUUCUGCCAAACCGGGGCAAACGGUCCAGUUGAUUAGCACACCAAGUAGUUACAGGUUUUCCAGUGCUCGUUUCAGAAACAUUACUCUCACAAGAGAUGGGCCUGAAUACGGAGAGUGGCAAGAUGCGCCGGAGACUCGAGUGUACUCCAGAAUUCCAAUUGUUAAGUGUGUGACGGAUCCAAAAGAAUUGCAGUGUGGGCUUCGCCAAUUGCCCAAUUCAGUUUUCGCUCAGACGGAGGAAAAUGAAACAGAAGCUGAACACCAAACUCACUAA